CUCCGGUGCCGCUCGUUCCGUUCAGUGGAUUUUCGAACCAUCUGGAAGGAAAAUGCCGAUGCUGAGCGUCCGUAUGUUUUCCGCACGUUUUUCGCGAGUAUUGAAUUAAAAGUGGGUUGGAAAAUUUUUCGAUUGUUACCGAAGUUUUUGGUUUUUGUUUGCUUGUGAUUGAACGCGGGAAAACGUUGAGUUUGGAACAUUUUUGACGUGCCGAGGUAAAAAAAUAAAUGCAACAUGUACGGGUUAUUAAUCGAAAAUAUGUCAGAAUACAUAAAACACACAUAUGGAGAAGACAAAUGGGAAGAGAUUCGAAGAGCUGCGGCUGUAGACCAACCAAGUUUCAGUACACAUCAGGUUUAUCCAGAGGGGUUGUUACCUAGGUUGUCAAAAAAAGCAGUCCAGAUCCUAAAAGUAAGCGAAAGGGAAUUUUUUGAUCAAAUGGGCGUUUUCUUCAUAGGAUUCGUGAGUCAGUAUGGCUACGACAGGGUUUUGUCGGUGUUGGGAAGACACAUGAGAGAUUUCCUCAACGGUUUGGACAACCUACACGAAUAUUUGAAGUUUUCCUAUCCCCGCAUGAGAGCUCCGAGCUUCAUUUGCGAAAACGAGACCAAGCAGGGUUUAACUCUUCACUACAGGAGCAAAAGAAGAGGAUUUGUGUAUUACACUAUGGGACAAAUUCGAGAAGUUGCUAGACAUUUUUACCACAAAGAAAUGAAAAUAGAACUGGUUAGAGAAGAACUUCUAUUCGACAUGGUACACGUCACAUUUCAACUAACUUUCGACAAUAGAGCUUUUACCUUAGCAUCGUUAGCAAUGACAAGAGAAGAAAAACAUCUACCAAUAAGUGCAUCAGUGCUGUUUGAAAUAUUUCCAUUUUGUAUAGUUUUCGGCUCAGACAUGGUAGUAAGAAGUAUAGGUAAUUCUCUAAUGGUGAUACUUCCGGAUUUAGUUGGAAAGAAAAUUACGAAUUGGUUUGACCUCGUAAGACCUUUAAUAGCCUUUAAAUUCGGAUCGAUACUAAAUAGAACAAACAAUAUUUUUGAGUUAGUAACGGUAGAGCCCAUUUUACAUGAUAAGACAUCGGAACGAAGAGAGCAAGAAUUGCUACUUAGUGAUGAAAUGGAAGUGUCUGAAGAUAGAAAUUUAAGAUUGAAAGGACAGAUGAUUUAUAUGGAUAACUGGAAAAUGAUGAUGUAUUUGGGGACACCAGUGAUGCCAGAUCUCAAUUCUUUAAUUAAUUCUGGACUUUAUAUUAAUGAUCUCUCUAUGCAUGACUUUAGUAGAGACCUAAUGUUAGCCGGAACUCAACAAUCGGUAGAACUUAAGUUAGCCUUAGAUCAAGAACAGCAAAAAAGCAAAAAGUUAGAAGAAUCUAUGAGAAAACUCGACGAAGAAAUGAGAAGGACGGACGAAUUAUUAUAUCAGAUGAUACCGAAACAAGUAGCCGAUAGGUUAAGGAAAGGGGAGAAUCCAAUAGAUACUUGUGAGAUGUUUGACAGCGUGUCCAUUCUCUUUUCAGACGUAGUGACUUUUACAGAGAUCUGUAGCAGGAUUACCCCUAUGGAAGUGGUAUCGAUGCUCAAUGCCAUGUACUCAAUAUUUGAUAAGCUUACCGAAAGGAAUAGUGUCUACAAAGUGGAGACCAUUGGAGACGCUUACAUGGUAGUUAGUGGCGCCCCGGAAAAGGAAGGCAACCAUGCUGAAAGAGUUUGCGACAUGGCACUGGAUAUGGUGGAUGCUAUUACCAACUUAAAGGACCCUUCAACAGGACAGCAUCUUCGAAUCAGAGUAGGCGUACAUUCCGGAGCAGUAGUAGCAGGUAUAGUUGGUUUAAAAAUGCCUAGGUAUUGCCUUUUCGGCGACAGCGUCAAUACUGCAUCUAGGAUGGAAUCAACCAGCGAAGCCAUGAAAGUCCACAUUUCCGAAUACACCAGGCAACUACUUCCAAUGUCUUACAAAGUUUCAGAGCGAGGUGAAAUACAAAUAAAAGGGAAAGGUACAAUGAAGACUUACUGGUUACAAGAGAAAGAAUAUUGGACACCUGUUUCUAGGUUAGAAACGCCGGAGUUCCCUCUCCCAAAAUUACCAAAAAUCGAGCAGCCUUUUCCAAAAAUUAUACCGCAGGAGCAAAUUCAGGAAGUCGGUAGAGCAGCUGUGUACUCUCCAAUUACAUUCAAGGAUGUUGCUAGAAGGAGUAUAGCCAGUUCACCUGUCAAGACUAGUUCAAGAGAAUUACGCUCAAAUUCUGCUGGCGCCGUUUGUUCAACUGGAGACCCAGCAGAUAUUUUUGGUGCUUUAGUUUUAGAAGAUGUUGAUAAGAAACCUGAAUCAAUUCAAGACACCAUGCCUUGUAAGUUUAGACAUAGAAGUACUACAGCUCCGCCAAGAACACGUCAGUCAAUCGAUGCCCAUAAUGAGGUGAGCUUAGUAUCUCAAAGUUCCAUACCAUCAGCUCCUGUCAUACUAGCUAGAAAACCAACCGAAUUAAAGAGAGUUUCCAUAAGUGAAAUAGUUGAAACUGAGGAGCAGAUUCUAUCUGAACGACCAUCGCUACAUCUACCCUUAAAACUAACCGUACAACAUGCACCUGACUGCGUAUCAGCUUCGUUAGAAAGACUAUCAAGACCAACAGUUGAAAAAACUCGAAAUUCGAUUCAAAAUCCUUCUUUAAGAGAUACGAAGAAGAAAACAUCUUUGCAAUCAUCUUUGCAGCCGUCUUACAAUCAAAACUUACAGGGCUCUUCGAAAUUACCGCAACAAUCAAUGGAACAACCACCACAAUACUCAGUGCAACAAUCUGUAGAACCAACAUUGCAAGAAUCGUCUCACGUAUCAGUUGAGCAGCAAGAAGUCAAGUACGAAUUCGGCAAGUCCAUGCACGAAUAUGCGAAGAAGAUGGAAAAGAAGAAGGACAUUCCGACAUCGAAAAGUGACGGUAACCUUUGCGAUUCGAGUCCAAAGCACAAACAACAACAAGCCGGUCUCAGGUUUAUGCGGAAUAAACAAUAUCAUUCGCAGCAACAUCACCACAAUCACCCGCCGUGUUGUCAGCUACCUGGAUCUAGUAAAAAUAGGUUUCAAAGUAACGCUUGUAAUGUUAGUUAAGGUUUUUAGUGCAUUUUGGCUCAAAGAUGUGCGUUGGUGUCAGUGUCAGUUGAAGUUUGAUUUUCCGUUUGAGUAAUAAAAUCCAUAUCGUACGGUAUUUUUAUACCGAGCCGUUAAAAAAAAUCAUAAUUGAAUUUGGCUGUAAAAAUUAAAUGUUUUGGGUCGGUACUAAAGCCACUUUUACGAAAUAAUAUUUAUUAAUUGACAUUUUCAUUGUAAACAAAGUUUAUCAUCUUGAAAUGAUACUGCAACAUAAAAAGAGAAACAGUUCAUUUAGUAUUGAAAUCCUUAUUAAUACUUGCAUGAAACUACUGAAAUUGUUGUAAAUGUUGUCCAUUUACGUCUUAACCAAAGAGGAGUGAAAGGGUAGAGGUAAAACUGUAAGCAAUUGCCACCGCCCGAAAUUUACCAAAACCAAAAAACUAUGUAAGGAAAAGGAAGAUGUUCUGCGUUGAGCCUAAAUAUUUAUAUUGUAGAAACUAAUUUUAGGGGGUGGGCUGGCUCAGUGGUUAAGUCACGACUUUGAGAUCGGAAGGUUUCAGGAUCGACCCAUCGAUGGCAGGAAUUUUAUUUUAAAUAAAAAAAAAAUAUAUUAAUUCCAAUGCAUCGGACCAUUCACUGGUGGGUUAUAAUUGACAGUGUUAUUCCUAAAGUGGCGCUGGGAAAUAGUAACAAAGACUACACAUAACACAUGAAUUAGAAGACAAACACAAACUGAGAGUGGCAUAUUUAGGUAUAUAUACCUAUGCCACAAAACGAAAAAUAAACCUCAACUUUUAAAAGGUAAAAAAUUUAGAGAACUUUUUAAUUUCAGUUGAUAAUGAUGAGGGCAAUCAACUUUAUUAAUAAUCUGCUGACCACUCGAACUUACACAAUGAGAUUUUUAGGCAAAAUUUAAAGGUCAAUAUUUUCAACAGAAAUGCAAAUUUUUGAUCGCGACUUGCAGAUUUUAAGAGCUAGUUUUUUCGAAUUAAGCUGCAUGAUGUAUAUUUAUCGUAGGACGAUAGGUUUAUUACAUACGGGGUAUUAUGUAAAUUUUUGUAAAAAUAAAUUCUCACCUGAAGUUGUUUUUAUUUAAUGUCCUUCUCACUGUUCUGUCCAAAACUCUCACCCUAAUUUGUUGUCUCAAAUAGUCAUUCAGUUUUACAGAGAUCUUUGUCCACCCCCAUGCCCAUAUUUAUGAUCUGCUGUAAUUUGUACGCGACGCGUCAAUUUCAAAGUGCAUUGGAACAACAAAUUUGUUGCUAUGGAAUUAAAAAUUGUUUACAUUAUUUCAAAAAUAAUCUGACACAUUUCAAUGUUAUAAUUUUGUAAAUUUUAAUUAAUAUGAGGCGUUUAACCACGGCAGAAAGGGAAAAUUGCAUUUGACUUCUCAACGAAGAAAUGUCAAAAAAGCAAAUUGCGCACAUUUACAAUGUCAGCCGAAAGACAAUUUAUAAUUUGAACCGUUGCGUCAAAAUAACUGGUUAUCAUAAUUAUGGAUAUGGGGGUGGACAUACAAAAAAAAAUAAACCAAAGAAAUGAAAGAAUUUUAAUGAGAGAAACUAUGCAGAAUAGAACAAAGAACUCUAGAAAACUAAAUUACUCUUUAAGGCAAUAAACUGGGGUGAGAGUUUCGGACAGAACAGUGAAAAGAACAACUCGAGGUGAGAAUUUUUUUUCCAAAACAACAUAAUGCCAAAAAUUUUAAAUUAUAGAGCCCGUCGCAGAGCAAAAUAUGUGCGGGUAUUACAACACCAUAGAGCGAAUAGGCGGGCAUGGGCAAAUCAUCAUCCGAAUUUGGGUAAUGCAGAGGAGCCAUUGUUUAUUCACUUAUGAAACAAGAUUUAAUUUGAUUCACUCCGAUUGCCGAAUGUUAGUUUGAAAAGGGCCAAAUCAGCGGUAUUUAAAGGAAAAUAUGGCCCCUCAAGAGGCAUUUUAUGGCGGAUGUAAUACAGUGUGGGAAGGUAUUAUAAGAAAUAGUAAAACCGAGCUAUUCAUUACCAACCAAACCGUCAACGCUCGACCUCACAGAGCGCGAAGGAUCACAGAGUUUUUGCAGGCACAGAACAUCAAUAGGAUGGACUGGCUAGCAAAGUCUCCGGAUCUUAUUGUCAUCGAACACGUUUGGUCUUAUUUAAAACUUAAAGUAAGAUCGCGUGAUAUACCCCUUGAAACCUUAGAAACGCUUAGUGAGGUUAUUCGUGAAGAAUGGGAGAAUAUUCCACAAGAUUUUAUAAAUAAUCUUGUGGAUACUCUACCAAAUCGACGUCGAGCAGUAGGACUAAUAAAAUAUUAGUUUCUCUUUUUUUCUAAUUAAUGUAUCUACUUAAUUUCGGGUAAAUUAUUACCAAAGAUUAGGUAUUUAAAGAUAGGACACUUGUCAUUUUUCCAUUGGUAUUUUCCGGUUGCUUUCAAUGGCCUCGUCCUUCUAACACGCCGUUGCCAACAAUAACCCAAUUUAAUUGUAAACUCCGAAAAUGCAAGGUUGCAAUUUCCAUCUUUGUCGCAGUUGGUUCAAAACAAAAAUUAAUGGACAGACAAUUUAUGUUUUUCAGGCUUAUUUUUUUUAUGUAUUAAAAAUUACCAAUUACCAUUAGGUAUCCCUAUCCAUACAUACCUAAUCUUUGUUAUUACAGUACAUCGUGUUUUUUUAAUGAUUGCAAGAACCUUUAAAUUGGUUUAAGAACUUGUUCUUGUCGCUACGGUUUUGUCUAUUAUCAACCGCUAUAAUGUGUAAAUUUCACCUCUUAAAUAAUAUGCGUAGACCGUAGAAAAUCUACGUGAAAUAAGAAUUCCAAGUCUGUAAAAAUCAUCAAGAACCGUCAAUUCAAUGUCAAGUUAUAGCAUUUUAAAAAUUUUGCUACUUAAAUUUUAUGUUCAGUAGUGUGUAAAAGACCUAAGGGCCUUAAUCUAAGAACUGACACA